AGCUGUUCUGCAUCCAUCGAAACCAUUUGGCUUCACUUUUCAGGAGCACUGCGGCACACUUGAAGGUGUAAGCUUUCCAAAAGAGAAGCGGUGGCUUUUAUUAUAAGUGUGUCUACAUCAGCAGGUUUGUCUAAUGUAGUAGUCUUUAUAAGCUCAGUGUCUUGUGUAAAUGAAAAUGCAAAUCCAAAUGAACCCAUGUCAGCUCCUGGGAGAUGCUGUCGCAUAGCAAGAGGAAAGCUGCUUUCGGUUUCAGUUUCAGGCUGGAUGUGCUGGUCAGGGAGAGCUGACCAAUCAGAGAUGCUGCUCUUGGUUUUGCUGGGAAAGUACCCUGGGCAAGCAGUCUAGAUCAUCCCAGUUCUGCACAGCUACUUCAGCAGUUCACUGAGGAGCCUCUCCUGUGUUUACCUGCUUGUGCAGCUUUCUGAGAAGAUACCCUCAUAUAAAGGGAAAAUGUCUUGGAGUAAUACCAUCUCUACAAAUCUGGGAAGGUGUUCAGAAGCGCUUGCUGCAAGCGCCUCCAAGAUGUGGUCUUUAUUCUCCUCAGACAAGAAUGAACAGCUGAUCAGAUCUACUCAGACGCUCCAUCACUAUGUGAACAGAUACUUCACAAUCACCAACACACUGUUGAUCAUAAUCAAUACUCACUUUGGAGAAAGCUACUCCAGUGUCUCUGCAGAUGAGAGCAAAAGUAUUAAGGACAACUGUGCCUUAGUUAGAGAAGCUAUGAGCAUGAUUCUUGAAGUUUCUAGAAGAAAGGAAAAGCAAAUCCUUAAGAUCAUUGAACCUGAUAUUUAUGAUAAGAUUGCCUUCACUGGGGUGUCACUGAAAGACAAGGCUGCAGUGAUCAGGGACUUUCAUGCGGACAAAUUGGGAGUCUUUGGGAAUAUCUGUCUUCCACUAGUCGCUAUUCAGCUGGCGAAAAGUGAGUUAGAGAACGUGAAGCCUCCAACCGAGGAGCACGAUCUGCCGAUUCUGUCCUUAAAACUGGGAGAUCUCGUGAAGAGCAGCAAAAGCAUCGCUAAGCUUCUGUGUGAACAACGCCAGCAAACAGACCUCAAUUAA